CGGGGUGGGGUAAUGUUGUGCCUCUGAGAAAAGAAGGAUGAGAUGCUGAGAGUUCCUGACAGAGGCCAUCCUUCUUCCAUUUGCCAAUCCAACAUGGAAGCCCCUCUUGUAAGCCUGGAUGAAGAGUUUGAAGAUCUGAGGCCAUGCUACAUAGCGGAUAGGGAAGAGAAAGCUCAUUAUUUUUAUGGCUCUUCAGCUCAGCACUUGGAGGAUCCUUCUCUUUCUGAGCUUGAGAACUUCUCUUCUGAGAUCAUCAGCUUCAAGUCCAUGGAAGAUUUGGUCAAUGAAUUUGACGAGAAGCUCAAUAUUUGCUUUCGGAAUUACAAUGCCAAAACAGAGAACUUGGCUCCCGUGAAGAACCAUUUCCAGAUCCAGGAAGAAGAGGAGAAUCUGCAGGAUGAAGAGUAAGUCAAGAAAUGAACAGUCAUAGAAAUUGUUUCUGGUUAGCACUUUCUCAGUGCUUUCUACCUGAAGGCAUCUAAUAGAACAUCUACUGAUUCAAAGACAUACCAGCUUUUCUUCUUCCUUUUAUUUUUAUUUUCCCCUUUAUUGAAAGUGAUUUAUUUUUAGGUCCCCUUUUUGAAAUUGAAUUAUGGACUCAAAUUAUUUGAAGGGCUCCAAGUUGAGAAAAUCUGAUUUGGUAUAAAAGCAUCUAUUGAUAGAUACAAAAUUGUGUCCAUUAAAAAGAAAACAUCCCAAAGAUGCAAUUGCAUUUUUGUGCAACUUUUAAAGAAAACAGCUGCAAGUGGAUGUGAAAACAAGAAACAGCCCAAAAGUUCAAACAAAGAAGCAAAACUAAAUUUAUAGAUUCUUUCUUUGUUAGUGUAACAAUUAUUUAGUUUUUGUUCCCUAGAUCAGGAGUCCCCAGUCUGGGUCCAUGGCUUAUUAGGAACUGGGCUGCUCAAGCAGGCAAGGCUAUAUUAGACUGGAUUAUUGUAACACGCUCUACAUGGGGCUGCCCUUGAAGAGUGUUCGAAGACUUCAGUU